CAUCACUCCCACAGUGCCCUCAUCGCCAUGGGCCAGCCGAGUGACCCCCCCCCUUCCUACGAGGACACCAUCGCCAGCGAUCCACUCGUCUCCUCCUCGUCAGGUCCACCACCCGCCAACCCCCUCCCCCCGGACAGCCAACCGCAAUACAGCGUCCGUGCCGACACGCGCGAUCCCUCGUCCGUCCUGCUUACCCCAGCCCUCAGCCAUGAUGCCUCCGCUCUGCACGACCUGCUCGUGCACCAAGCCCGCAUCCCUCCGCACCCGUACCUGAACGUGCGCGGCUCCCACACCGAAACCCGCCGCGAUGACACCCGCAAGAAGGACGAGUCGGAGACCGUGAUCGACUUCAACUUCAGAAUCGACCUGUCGGGCUACAUGGUGCGCGACGAGCCCCCUCCCAUCACGGACGAUGACUACGACACCGGAGUCGAGGUGGAUCCGCAGGAUGGCUGGCGCGUGCUGGGGAUCGUGCGCGAUCAUGACGGACAGAAGGCUUAUCGCGGCGGUCGGACACGGUCGGAAACAUGGACGGGACACACGCGGACCAAGAGAUCGCCAUCCAGACAACUGGAGGCGGGCCCGGAGAGCGAGAGCGCCGAACUGGUGCCGCCGGACGAGAACGGGCCUGGGCUCAUGGGCUGGUGUGAGCGGUUCUGCGAGGAUCCCGCCCCGGUCAAGUCAUUUGCCUUCACCCGCAGCAUCGUCGGAUUCGACUCGUCCGUCGUCCGCUCCGCGUUAACCUCCCACCUGCGCAGUCUGCAGUACCAGGGUAACGUUGACCUCACGAUCAGCCUGGAAAACAAGACCCUGACGGUCUACUCCCCGCAUUGGACGAACCGGUGGCGCAACAACGGCUAUAUCUUCUGGAUCUGUGUCAUCCUCCAGCUAUGGAUCAUCGCCUGGCCCAUCCUCUGGUUCCUCGAGCACCGCUAUGAUGUCGUCAGCGCGGUGUGGUAUUUCUCGCGGGACGAGGGCGGGCAGCGCCACUAUGCGGGCUAUCGCGACGAGGCGGCGGUGGCGGAGGUGCUCGCCCCGGCUGUGACGCAGGCGGCGUUGGAGCGACGGCGCGAUGGGAAGACAUUGACCGUGCAGGAGCUGCAGCUACUGGACCGGCUGGGCCGGGAGCGACAGGGGCGCGGGGUGAUGGUGAUGACUUGGGAUCGGUUCCAGCCGUGGGGUCGAGACUCCUAG